AUGGCUUCCGAAGUUACUACCAACCCAGCUCUCGUCAACGGAAACUACCAUACUCAACAACAGGCCAAUCCAUACGCCGUAGAUGACUACAACCCUACCCACGCUGCUGCAAAUAGCGUUUCCAACAACAACUAUAAUAAUCAGCCAUCGACUUCUUCAGCCUCCGCACCCCCAGCCCCUGAACCCAAGAACGAUAUCCCCAAGGAUGAGGUGGGGUGGUUCUUUGUUGAACAAUACUAUACCACCCUCAGUCGCAAUCCGGAGAAACUUCACCUUUUCUACUCUCGCAAAUCUCAGUUCGUCUCGGGCAUGGAGGCGGAGAAAGUGACUGUUGCUGUUGGGCAAAAGGCUAUCAAUGAACGGAUUAAAGAACUCGAUUUCCAGGACUGCAAGGUUCGCGUUUUGAAUGUGGACUCCCAGGCCUCCUUCGAUAACAUUUUGGUUUCUCCAUACUUGGCCGAUGAAGAAGAGGAAGCCGUUGAGGAUGAAGUUCCUCUUGAGGUUGACGGCAGAGCUGGCAUUUUGGAGCCGACUACCACAGCAGUUGACCAGGAAGCGACACCACUAGACGUAGGUCCCGAGCGGCAGGCGGACAAUGAAAUUGCCGCUCAGGAAAUUUCAGAGAAGCUCAAGGAGAUCACUCUCAACAGCGAACCAACACUCCAGGCUGAACUGCAGCCCACAGGUGAAACUCUUGAGGGUGAAGCUGCCGCUCCUGCUCCAGCCGCUACCGCAGCGUCUGUGCCCCCAGGAGUUCCCGAGGUCCUUGAGGCCGAAAAGCCCAAAGAACCAGAAUCAACUCCUGCCGCCUCUCCUCCCAAGACUGCCACACCUAUUUCAGAAAAGGAGCCUGCGCCACCGGUUGCUAAGGCACCAAUGAGCUGGGCGUCUAUUGCCUCUAGCCGUGCUAAAGCCCCAGCACCAGCCAACCAUGUCUUAGUUACUCCAACCCAAGCUGCGGCAUCUGCUCCUCCCAGGGCCGCCCCUGUACCAACUCAGGUAACUCCCUCUGCUGCUCCUCCUGCUGGAAACAAUGAAAACGUUACCAGCCAAUGCUCCAGUGGUUCGGAAUGGCAGACCGCCGGUACAGACCAUAGUAAAAGACAAGCUAGACCACAAUCCGUCUCUGGUGCCGGAGAGGAGAACACCCGCGGCCUUAUCAAAAAUGUCAACGAGAAAGUCGACGCAGCGCUCUUGAAACAGGUCAUGUCGCGAUUUGGAAAGCUCAAGUACUUCAACGUGAACAGACAGAACGGAACCGCUUACGUCGAAUUCGCAGACGUAGCCGCCUAUAAAACUGCCCUCUCCUCCAACCCUCACCAAAUCGGCACUGAAGAAGUUACCGUUGAGCGCCGUCGACCCGGUGGCUUCGGUGGAAAUUCCAACUACGGUUCGGGCCGUGGAGGCUCAGGCCGUGGCCGCGGCGACGGCCGUUCCGGCAACCAGGGCGGUCGUGGCGGUUUCCAGAACGAGUCUGGCCGCUACAUCCCCCGAGGCGGCCGUGGUGGUGGUGGGAACAUCGCCCCCAAGGGACGCAGCGGACAACCCCAAGCCGUGUGA